AUGCCAUACAACAAGUUUCAGCUCCUCCACAGACACCUUCGUCCCUUUGACCACACCAAAUAUGACGAAACCGCACCUAUUCCGAAGGUAUUCCAAUGCGUUGAAGAGUGGUCUGACCACAUACAGGCCGUAUCUAUGCAGAUAUUCCGGCCCGGGUCUCACCUUGCCGUCGAUGAGUGCAUAAUCCGCUAUACGGGCAAAAGCGAUGACAUAACGGUCAUCAAAGGCAAGCCUAGCCCCGUAGGCUUCAAGGUAUGGGUCAUCGCCCAAUGCGGCUUCUUUAUUCGGUGGAUUUGGCACGUUAAGAAGAAACCACACGGUGCCGCUGGCGUUGAAAUUUCAACGCAGGAGUCAUCAUCGCAAGGCCGGUCAAGCAAGCGAAGAAAAGUCACAGUCGAAGCCCCUGAUACAGAAGACGAGACUUUCUUACCAAAUUCGACUCAGGCUAUCGUUGUUGCCUUUGCAAAUAUGCUGCCAAAAGCGACAUAUCACGUCUUUGUGGAUAACCUCUUCUCGUCAUCUCCUCUCUUCCGCAACCUCCGCAACCACGGCCUCGGCGCCACAGGCACGGCUCGCACGAAUAGCGGCAUCCAUAAGGAAAUCAUACAAGAUAAGAACAAUGACGGCAAAGUCAGGAAAAUGUACGAAUUUAAUACGGUCAAGGCGAUACCAACCCCUGACAACCAGGUGCUGACUUCAGACACUUUUCACUGA